GUCACUGGGGAUUAGCGCAGGGACAGCCCCGGGCUUGGGGACAGGCACAAGGGACAGGGCCACCCGCCACCUCGCCUGGAUGUAGGAGGCCUGGCCGAGCGGCGAGGACCGAGGGUGACAUCGCCCAUCCCUGCGCUGGGCGAGGACGGGGACCCCCCCGCGCCCCCCCAGCCUCCGGGGGCACCAUGAAGGACCGACUGGAGCAGCUCAAGGCGAAGCAGGAUGCGGACGAUGAGGAGGAGCUGGAGAUCGCCGUGGACAACACGGCCUUCAUGGAUGAGUUCUUCUCGGAGAUUGAAGAGACCCGGCAGAACAUCGACAAGAUCUCGGAGAACGUGGAGGAAGCCAAGAAGCUCUACAGCAUCAUCCUCUCAGCCCCCAUCCCAGAGCAGAAGACCAAAGAUGACCUGGAGCAGCUGACGGCAGAGAUCAAGAAAAUGGCCAACAGUGUCCGUAACAAGCUGAAGAGCAUGGAGAGGAACAUCGAGCAGGACGAGGCACGAUCCUCUGCCGACCUCCGGAUACGCAAGUCCCAGCACUCGGUCCUGUCCCGCAAGUUUGUGGAUGUCAUGACCAAGUACAACGAGGCACAGGUGGAUUUCCGGGAGCGGAGCAAGGGCCGGAUCCAGCGCCAGCUGGAAAUCACCGGCAAGAACACCACGGACGAGGAGCUGGAGGAGAUGCUGGAGAGUGGGAACCCCUCCAUCUUCACCUCAGGGAUCAUGGACUCGCAGAUCUCGAAGCAGGCGCUGAGCGAGAUCGAGGGGCGGCACAAGGACAUCGUGCGCCUGGAGAGCAGCAUCAAGGAGCUCCACGACAUGUUCGUGGACAUCGCCAUGCUGGUGGAGAAUCAGGGAGCCAUGAUCGACCGCAUAGAGAACAACAUGGACCAGUCCGUGGGAUUCGUGGAACGGGCCGUGGCUGACACCAAAAAGGCUGUGAAGUACCAAAGUGAGGCCAGGAGGACGCUCCUGACCAUCCCAGCGAUGUCACCUCCUGGAGGGAUCCUCCCCGGCUCUGAUCCUGGACCCCUCCUCUCCCUGCUCCUCCCGGACCUGCUGCUCCCAGCCCUCCGUGUCCCGGUUCCCGCCGCUGGCUCCACCACCGCCGCCUUUCCCAGCUGUCCUGCCGAUCCCUGGGAUUUGCCCCUCGUGUCCCCACAGAAGGGGACAGGAUUCCGUCCUGGGGACACGGCGAGGGGUGACAAGGACACAAAUCCGAGGGCUGGACACUCACCCGCGUGGGCAUCCCGGUGGAAUGAGGGCGGGAAUGGGGACAGGACACGGGGUUUAGUGGCACCAGUGUGGUUUGUUGUCACCGUGCUGUGACAGACGGAGCUAUCGGGGUCCCCGUCCCCUCUUGGCUUUGAUGUCCAGGCGGGAGGAUGUAUUGAUCAUGGAUUAUUUAACUCCCACUGUAAUAAAAUCCCGCUGAUCCCGCCCUGCGCCUCCUCUCCGUGCUGGCACCGGGAACACCCAAAGCCGCCGGCAUGGCUCCGGCUCGGCUCCCGGUGCCUGGAGAUCUGGGGGCCGGACCGGCCCCGCUUCCCAGUGCUGUAGCAUACGAAGAGGAAGCGCGGGGCUGGGGACACCCCCAGCACCUGGGCCCUGUCCAGAAUGUCCCCCCCCCCCCACCAAGUUUUUGGGUAAGUCACGGUGUUUGGUCACCCAUCCCAGAGCACGCUGGCACUGUCAUCUCCCUGUGCCACACAGAACCAGCUCACACCUGCCCUGCCACCUUCCCUGCACUCUCCCCAGCCUCCAUCCUUGUCCCUUGCCCUAUCUCUGUCCUUUCUCCCCACUGCCCAGCCCAUAUCCUUGUUGUCCCCCUCCCAAUUCCUUAUCCCCUGUCCUCCUCCCCAGCCCAUUCCCUGUGCAUGUCCCCUCCCCAGCCGUGCCCCUGCCUCACAUUCCCUGUCUCCCCGAGCAGAAGAAGAUCAUGAUCAUGCUGUGCUGUAUCAUCCUCGCCAUCAUCCUGGCAUCCAGCAUCGCAAGCAUCUUCGCCUGAGUCCCCCACCCGCUGCCCUC